AUGUCGCUCGCUGCUGCCGCUGCCGCCCUGCUGGGUGUUGCCAGUCACGUUCUUUACUUCCGACAUGGCGAGCACCAUAUGCUCUUUAUGCGAUAUGCCCAGAUCUUUAUCGGCACCGUCAUCCUCUCGGUCCUUGCACUUACCAGGCUGGCAAACGAGACGAUCUCGACCGCGGUUGCGACCACUGGACUGCUCACAAGCUCGUACGUACUAGGACUUCUGGUCAGCCUCUUUACGUACAGACUGUUCCUCAAUCCAUCCUCCAAGUUCCCUGGACCAUGGCAGAUGAAGCUCAGUAGCUUGUACUUCAUGUUCACCACCGACAUCUACUCAUGCUAUACGAAGAUGGAUGCACUCCACCAGAAGUACGGUCCUUUCGUUCGCAUCGGAUCCAACGACAUCUCCAUCAUUGAUCCAAAUGUCAUGGACGUAGCGUUCGGCCAACAUGCAAAGGCGUCGAAGGCGGAGUGGUAUGAUGGGCCAAAGCCACUUGAUAGCCUACACACUGUCCGUGAUAGAGCAAUGCACGAUCGACGUCGCCGAAUAUGGGCUCCUGGCUUCAGUGAUAAGGCACUUCGUGGCUACGAAGAGAAGGUGCAAGUUUUCAAUGACAAGCUCGUACAGAGAGUGCGAGAACACCUCGGUGGCCCUACGAACAUGACCAAAUGGUUCAAUCUCUACUCUUUCGAUGUCAUGGGUCAGCUCUCUUUUGGCAAGAAUUAUGGCAUGCUGGACAGUGGUGAGCGUCAUUGGGCACUAGACCUCCUCGUGGAGGGCAUGAGUGCCUCACCACCUAAACCACCGGUCUGGUUCUUUCGGCUAAUGCUGGCUAUUCCGGGACUUGCAGCAGGUUAUCACAAGUUCGUGGCGUUCUGCAAAAGCGAAUUAAAAUCUCGAGUCGAUGACAAGCAUGAUGAUAAGGACGUGACAGGCUGGCUUCUGCGCGACCAUGAGGGCAGGCCGCAUCCGGAGGAGAACGAUGAGCUGCAAGCUGAUGUGAGAUUGAUCAUUGUUGCUGGGUCGGAUACUACAUCUGCGUGUUUGACAUUUCUCUUCUACCAUCUUGCACAGCACCCAGAGGAAGUCCAGAAGAUCCGCGAUGAACUUCGGCGGCUUACCCGUGGUGAGUGGUCCGAUGUCGAUAUCAAGAACGCUCAACAUCUCAACGGCGCAAUCAACGAAUCGCUGCGGAUGCAUCCACCGGUUCCUUCUGGCCUUGAACGAGUUACGAACAAAGAGGGCAUGCAAGUUGGUGACACCUAUGUGCCUCCCGGAGUCCACUUCUGGGUACCAAUGUAUUCGAUGGGUCGCCAGGAAAGGGUGUACGAGAGAUCUCUCGACUUCGUGCCCGAGCGAUGGUACUCGAAGCCCGAGAUGGUCAAAUAUAAGGAUGCCUUCGCGCCGUUUUCGAUGGGACCAUACAACUGUAUCGGCAAGAACUUGGCUUAUGUCGAGAUGCGCACACUGACAGCACAGCUGGUGCUGAACUUCGACGUCAAGCUUGCGCCUGGUGAAGAUGGUACGAGGCUGCUCACCAAGACAAAGGACCAUUUCACGGUCAGUCCUGGACAACUCGAUUUGGUAUUUUCUCCUGCAAGCUCGUAG